UUAUCGCGAGCAGGCGAGCAGACGAGCAAGGCAGGUCGAGUCGGGGCGGUGUGCGAUGCGGAAGAGUGGGAGAUUGGAAAAGGUGACGAAUCGAAGAGUCGGCAGAUGGAGAGCGACGAGAGUUAAUUUGCGCUGUGGCAAGGGACGACGAGUCGACGUGGUUGCGGUGAAGGGUGGCGAAAAAAAAUGACGACGGCGGCAGAUGGGCAAACACUUGCCUGUCCGAGGGAGGGUUCGCGAGAUGCAGCGUUCGUAGAGUUUGCAAAGCAGAAAGAAACAGUUGCAGGCAUCAUCCUCGCCCGCCAUCAUCACCCCCAAACCACCAUCUACAACCACAACCACCUAACCACCACCGUCUCCCCACCCAGAUCAUCUCACUCGCUCACAUCGCUCGCAUCGCUCGCACAUACCUCCCCGCUGCGACCACCCCACGCCCCUCGCGCCGAAUCACCACACGUGCGACGCAGCCCCGAGCGUCCCGGCCUCCACCCACUCCGCGCCGCCGCCCAAGCCUACCAGCCACUCGUUCUGCCACCCACGUCCGCUUUCCCGGCACCUGACACACCAUGCAUGCGUGCAUGACGAUGUGAUCUGUAGUACGCGCGAAGCGAGCGAGCUGCAAGCUGCAGCACUAGAAGCCAUGUGCUGGCUGGUGCUGCUUUCCAUCUCUCCACCACCUCGCGCACAAAUAGAGUGAUCGU